GAAGACCAUACGGGAAAUCGAGUAUUAAAACGAAAAUUUCUUAUCCUCCUUUAAACAGAGAGCGUGAAAUUAUUUUAUGUAAAAACGUGUUUUGGAAACUAAUUAAUAGAUCAAUGGGGUAAUUUUAGUCAAUUACUAACUGGUUUUGUCGUUCAUGUUAGGUCAAAUAAAGUCAACAAAACACACAAGACGGCUUAAAAGGAUCUAAAUAUUUGUCAUUAAUGUUCGCCGAUUUACAUGAGGUACAAAUACAGAUGACCUAUACCAGGAAAAAUGAACUGUUUUUCAAACUAAAUUGACCUUAAAUAUGUUGCUUAUUACGAUGGUUUACAAGUGCACAACCUGUAAACGUUGUCUGUACUCAGAGAUAUAAUCGAUAUAAGAAUACUCUGUGGCAUAAAGUGUGUUACCUCGGACGGACUUAAAGUCAAAGUCAGUUACCUAAGUGUGUCGGGCAGGGCAUGUUACAGAUAUGAGGAUGUUAAAAAGAAAUGUUUCAGCUUUUAAGUCAUUUGCAGCAAUUGCUCUUAUACUCGUCUUUUGUGUGGCAGUCAUGCAUGAAUACGGAUUAUUUUCAAGACUUAAAAAAAAAAAAGACUUCCCACCAAUCCACCAUGAUGACCCAUGCAACAGCUCGAUAUACGACGCUAAACAUAAAGAGUUCGAUUACUCAAAGAUCCAGAUUUACAUCGACGAUCUCUUCCCCAAGCCGCUUUCAGAAGCAACAGCCGGGCACAAUACACCGGUGUUUGUCUCCGCAGCGUCCUCCGAUCACGUCCAGGAGGCACUUCAGAUGCUGGAGAACUUCAAGCGAUUCGUUCGCAAGGUUAUUCCAGACGCAAAACUGAUCAUCUACAAUCUAGGACUGACAUUUGAAGAGAUUAAAUUGUUGAAACGCCUCUGCGUGUUAGAGAUCAGAGAUUUCCGGUUUGAAAAAUACCCCGACCACGUGAAGAUUCUGAAAGGUUACGUGUUUAAACCGAUAGCGAUUCAGACAGUGUUGAAAGAAUACCCGCUCGUGGUCUGGAUGGACUCUUCAAUUCGCUUCACGCAGACAAAUAUUUCGGAAUUAUUCGAGGAUGCCAAUCGACUUGGACUUAUCUGUACAGGUGGCGACGGCAGAGUAGCUAGCCGGACAUUGCCGGGCACAUUCAAGUACUUCAACAUGGAACCAUGUGCAUACCGAUCUUUACCGGAAAUACAGGCGGGUUUCGGCAUUUUCAAGCGUACAGAAUUUGUUGUUAACAACAUUAUAAAACCGUGGGUGGGGUGUGGUUUGACUCUAGGAUGCAUGAUGCCGGAUGGGUUACCGGACGAUCAUUUACCGUGCGAAUACCGGAACGUGUACGGCGAGUGUCAUCGGUACGACCAAUCGGUGCUCUCCAUUCUGUUAUACCGGGCCUACGGGACGCGAAUUGAGCAACAUAAGAGAAGCUAUUAUGGCCCGUAUUAUGUUCGGUGUAUUGAAAGAUGCACGUGGGACGGUGAUGACUGUUGUUAGCUCCUCCUCAUAAAAUAUCUAUAACUACACGUUCUGAUAUCAUUUCCUAACCGUUUAGACAUUGCUUUACUCUGAAUGUGUUGCUAUUAUUGAAGGGCAUUAAAGGGGCCUUUUCACAGACUUUGGUAUGUUUUGAAGUUUGUCAUUUAAUGCUUUAUAUUGACAAAUUUAAAAAUUGGAUCUAAUAAUCUCCAGUAAAAAAUAAGAAUAAAAUUAAAAAUAAAUAAAUAAAUAAAUGUAAUACUCAGCGGGGCUCGAACCACUGACCACUGGAGUCCUGGAAUAAAAGUCUACCAUGUAGACCAUUCUGCCAUUCUUCUUCAUACAGAUUUCGUUGUAUUUUAUUCUUCAUAUAAGCAAUCCUCGUAGUUACACAAAAUAUAACGACAACAACAGAACUCUCCAAGUUUUUUAAUCGUUUCGCGUUGCAACGCUUUGUUACUUUCAGGUUUUUAAAUCGUCAAACAAUCUAUAUAAUGGUUAAUUUAGAGCAUGGAAAAUAUUCUGUAUUACUGUUUCCUUACAAAUAUCAUACCUAAAACGAAAAUUCGCGAAUCUGAAAAUGUUUUUUUUUCAAUUUUGUCAAUUUACCAAAGCGUGACAAGGCUCCUUUAAAGCACCAGUAUUAUUAAGAUCUCAACAGAUGAUUAUUUAUCACAGCGCAGUGAUGAUCAUGAUACCUAAUAUUGUGAUAAUGACGUAACGUUACUCUGGUAGGAGCGACCUUUUCAUACCAUUACCAAAGCCACCGGUAUUAAUAGAGUAUACUCAAUCACCAAUUGGUUUGCACCAAAUGAGUUGAGUCGUUAUUGCUCUGCGAAAAUUGCAUCAAUAUCAUAAUGCAAAAAUUGCAUUAAAAUCAUUUAACGAUAUUGUUAUAUAAUGAGAAACACAUUUGAACUUAAACGUUUUAAGAUUA